GAAUUGGCAAAUAACUACAGACCCAUUUCCUUACUUAGCUGCAUUGGCAAACUUUUCGAACGAAUAAUUCAUAAGCUCAUCUAUAACUAUCUCUUCAGCAACAAACUUCUAUAUACUUUACAGUCUGGCUUCUUACCAAAUCACUCUACAACUCACCAACUCAUCGAACUCUAUCAUAGCAUACUUACAGCACUGGAGAAUCGUGAAUAUACUGCUCUUGUUUUUUGUGACUUUUCUAAAGCUUUUGACCGAGUCUGGCACAAAGGUCUAUUAAUUAAAUUAGAAAAAUACGGGAUAAAAGGCAAACUUUUAGAUUGGAUUAAAAACUACUUAAGUAACAGACGCCAGUCAGUGGUACUAAAAAAUGCUAUAUCUUCUGAAGUAUCUAUCAAAGCCGGAGUUCCUCAAGGUUCAGUGUUAGGGCCACUUCUUUUUCUUGUAUACAUCAACGAUAUUUCAAAUACAUUACUAUCAAUGACUAGACUUUUUGCUGACGACACCGCAUUAGCACACUCUUCGAAAAAUUUACACGAUAUAAAACAAGUUAUAAACUACGACAUGGAACAAUUAAACCUUUGGUCAAAUAAAUGGUUAAUGAAUUUCAACCACAAACACCUAGGAGUCAUUAUUAGUAACAACGGCACAUGGAACUCUCACAUCGAACAUAUACUAACAAACACUACAAAGUACAUUGCAACUUUAAGGAAAUUAAAAUACAUCCUAAAUAGAAAAAACUUGGAAAAAAUAUACCUUGUUUUUAUAAGACCACUAUUUGAAUAUGCCUGCGAAGUAUGGGACAAUUGUAAUAUCACAUUUUCGAAUAAAUUAGAGAACAUGCAGUAUGAAGCAGGUCGAAUAAUAACUGGAUUACCUAUUUAUACAAAAAAAGAAUUUAUUUACAGAGAGCUCGGAUGGAAAUCAUUGAUAGAUAGACGCAGGAUUAGAAAAUUAUCCAUGUUUUAUAAUAUUUAUCAUGAUAAUGCUCCCUCAUUUCUUAAAUCUCUUCUACCACCUAUUGUGUCAAACUUCUCUAACUAUAAUCUUAGAAACAGGAAUAACUUUCAGAACCCAUACUAUAGACUGCAAAUCACAAAAUCAUCCUUCAUACCAAGUACUUCAGACUACUGGAACAAUCUAUCUAUAGAAACAAAGUCAUCAGCAUCCAUUAAACAAUUUAAAUCUCUUAUUCAGCCCCAAGUCACUACCCCUUCUUAUAUUAUUUUUUUUCUUGAAUAUGGGUCCAGAAAAGUAAAUAUUAUACAUUGCCAAUUACGAAACCGCAGUAGCUCUUUAAAUUACGACCUUUUUAAAGUCCACCUUCGAGACAACUCUACUUGCGACUGCGGAAAUGACUCGGAAGACUCUUCCCAUUUCUUACUAAACUGUAAAAAAUUUGAUCAAUCCCGUAAUAUAAUGCUCCAAUCCCUCGAUUGGUAUAACGAGAUCACUGUUGAACACCUUCUCUUCGGAGAUGCAAACCUUGACUACAAUCUAAACAUUCAAAUUUGUAGGUCUGUACAACUGUUCAUUUUGAGCUCCAAACGGUUUAACAUGUAA